CGCCAGUCUCUGCUCGAACGCGGCACGGACCGUGUUGACCCGUUGCGAUGUGAACGCCUAAACUCCUCAUCUGUCUGCGGCGACAGCUUCUGUUACUUGUGCAUCAGCUAUUAGUUUGACGUUGUGUUAAAUAUUAACUUUUCUUGAUUUCAUUUAUUAGUGUUUCAGAUAUUCCGCGGGAAACAUCUGGGCAUUUGUUCUGUGGCGACAUUGAUGGAGUUCCGCUUGGACAGCGCGGAGUACUGCCAGGCUCAACACAAAUAAACCGGCUGGUUCAAGACGCGGCUCACGGCGCCGAACCCGAACCCAUGCUGGGAGCAAACGACGCACGCACCCCGACCACUGCGCUAUAUACACCCCCCUUUUUCCUUGAAUUCGGAUCCCGCUGCUGUUAAGCGUAUAAUUUGCUGAAGUUAACGUCUUAUGUUGGUCUCAUAAUUCCUUAUUAGUUUCGACCCCAAAUUCGGAAACUCUGUACUAUAGUCUUUGAAUGCGGUCGAGUGGUUGAAAGCGACCUCGAUGCGGGUGGUUCUAAUCAUAUAAUUGGACCCUUUUUAAAGAAAAGUCACAAAACUGAAGUGUGUUGUGUGGAAAUAGAGUGACAAUUUGUCUGUUACACUCUCGACGGAUCGCUGCGGUGUUAGUGACGCGUGUGUUACGUCUAGCGAGCGGUGGACGGUUCACGGUUGACUAUCGACUGUGACUGUUGAAGAGAGAUAGAGAGAGAGAAAGAGAGAGAGAGAGAUCAUCGUCAUCAUGAAGCAGAAGGACAUUAGGCCGGCGCCGUCUCUCAUAGAGUACAAGAACAUGCGCUUCCUCAUCACAGACAGGCCAUCGGAUGUGACCAUCCAGAGCUACUUACAGGAGCUGAGAAAGCACAACGUGUGUACGGUGGUCCGCGUGUGCGAGCCGAGCUACGACACGUCCCCGCUGGCCGGCGAGGGUAUAGAGGUGAGGGACCUGGCCUACGACGACGGCACCUUCCCACCGGCCAACGUCGUCGACGACUGGUUCGAGAUACUCAGGGACAAAGCAGCUAACAAGCCGGAGUCGGCGGUGGCGGUGCACUGUGUUGCCGGUCUGGGCCGCGCACCCGUCAUGGUCGCCAUCGCACUCAUCGAGCUCGGCAUGAAGUACGAGGAGGCCGUUGAGACCAUACGGGACCAACGUCGAGGUGCAAUAAACGCGAAGCAGCUCUCGUACUUGGAGAAGUACCGUCCGAAGUCGCGUCUCAAGAAGAACGGCCACAAGAACUCGUGCUGCGUCCAGUAGCGCCGCGGCACAGUGGCGCCGUCCCGCGACAGCGAAUGUAGCUCUGCUUUCACACACACACUCACACAAGGGAGCAUAGACAACAAACUAGUUAUAACUUAACCGUCUCGCCUUUUUUGACAAUUUUUUCCUUAUUUUUUCUCUAGAGGUGAUAACCAUUCUGCCUGCCAUCAUGCUUGGACACAUUCUCGUAACGAGCCUUAUCAGAGGUGGUUAUUAUCUCGACCUGUCCCCGGAGCGUUAGUGUUUCUAAACAUUUUGAGAGCCUUACUGCAAACUACUUAAAGUGAACCCUUGUGCUGUACUCCGUUAGAUGAGCAUGUUUCAAUGCAAGCCACGACCUGUGUUCACAGUCCCAGCGCCGCCCCGGAGUCUGCGCGCUCGGACCACAAUAAGCCACAGUAACUCCCCAUAAUAAACACCGUCGAGUUAAAAUUUUUGUGCUUGCUCUUGUUUACGGUUACAUUUAUUUUCUUUGUGUGUUGAAAUCAUGAUAUAUUUCUGCUAAUUAUAGUUAUUUUUUUUUUGUUGUAGAGACUUUGUAUUGUCAAUAAAAAAUAAGACAUAAUAGGAGGAUGUCCUCGUUUUCUCGCUUGCGAUGAUUCUGUCCGACUUGACUUUUUGUUUCGGAGUCUUCGUUAUGUUUAAGUGCAGCCUCGCCUUGGAGUAGUCCUCAAAGAAAUUAUUUCUCGAAAGUUUUACAACAUUGACUAGAAAACCUAAAACUUUAUUGUAUCCUGACACGAAAGUAUGACUUACUGAAUGUUCCAAUAAUAAAUUAUAUUUGAAUAGCACUGAUAUUAAUUAUUUUUCUAUUUCUUAUUUAUAUUAUUCAGAUUUAUGUAAUUAGUGUGCAGUUGCAUUAAUAAAAAUAUAUCAAAAUGAAAAAAAAUAAUCUUUAAUUACGAAAUGAUUCACUUCGGAGUUAUUCCAUUUCAUACAUUUGUCUGGAAGCUUGUCUCACGUGACAUGUUCUUAACAAAAACAUUGUACGUGACAAGCCAAUUUUGUAUUACAAAGUAUAGUAUUCUGAAGCCAACAUAUAUAUUACGUCCCGUCACUGUAACGACCACUGAAACUAUUUCUGCAAAGAAAAUGUAUGGUAAUAUAAUUUGUAUUUAAGUUAUAAAAUAAGCUCUUCGGUAUCAAUAUCCCAAUUAAAUGAACUUGGAGUACGAUUAAACUUAACGAUGUUUUUAUAAAAACCUGUUUAUAACUGAAUCGUGACUAGUGUUAGUGAGACAGGACACAGCCAAGUAGUUUCUGGAGAUCGAGCAGGCAGAUAACUUUAUUUUAUGUAGUGUUGAAGUGAUAUACAGACGAUAUAUGUUUCACAGCUAGCGGAUGUUGAUUUGACUUUUCAUAUGUGUAUUUUGUAAUAUGUCCGACGCAUCGCGUGUAAACUUCUAUAGAUCAACAAUUAUAUUUCUCUUUUCCUAA